ACUUCUCUCAUUUUCGCAGUAUUGAAGGUUACUGCAGAACCAACCAGCGGAAGGAGGUAGCGGCUGAAGCGGCAGCAAUGGCUCCCAAGCAGAGAACACCAAAGGUGAGCAGAAAUCCUGAAUUGAUUAGAGGGAUUGGAAAGUACUCGAGGUCGAAGAUGUACCACAAAAGAGGUCUCUGGGCUAUCAAGGCCAAAAAUGGCGGCGUUUUCCCCCGUCACGAUCCCAAGCCAAAGCUUGAAGCUCCGGCGGAGAAGCCACCCAAGUUUUACCCUGCCGACGAUGUCAAGAAGCCUUUGGUCAACAAGCACAAGCCGAAGCCUACUAAGCUCAGGGCUAGCAUUACUCCCGGUACUGUGCUGAUUCUUCUUGCUGGGAGAUUCAAGGGAAAGAGAGUCGUUUUUCUGAAGCAGCUUCCCUCUGGGCUGCUCCUUGUCACUGGUCCAUUUAAAAUUAAUGGAGUUCCUUUGAGACGUGUUUGCCAGUCUUAUGUCAUUGGCACCUCCACGAAGGUUGACAUUUCGGGAGUUAAUGUUGAGAAAUUUGAUGACAAAUACUUUGCCAAGAAAGCCGAGAAGAAGAAGAAAAAGGGAGAAGGGGAGUUCUUUGAGGCAGAAAAGGAGGAGAAAAAUGUGAUCCCCCAGGAGAAAAAGGAUGACCAGAAAAUUGUGGAUUCUGCUUUGUUACAAGCUAUUGAGAGCGUUCCAGACUUGAAGGCUUAUUUGGGCGCAAGGUUUUCUCUCAAGGCUGGCAUGAAGCCUCAUGAACUAGUCUUCUAAGAGAAUACAAGAGUGUUAACUUUUGUUUCUUCUAUUUGAUCUUGACGUUUGUCCCAGUAGUUGUGCUCUGUCUUUAUUGGUUAUAGACUUCGAAAGGAUGUGAUUGUCAUUUUAGAUAAUGCGCUGUGCAAGAAUUUUCCCUCCCUUCAAUUUUGCUUUUGUUAGCUCUUGAUUAAAUCUACAAAUUUGUUAUAUA